AUGUCUUCUUCAAAGGAUGGGGGCCGUAUGGCCCCAGAUCUAGAGAUUGUCGGAGAUCGGGUCACUGUACAUCCUACAGGAUUCACUGGCGGUCCAGAUGUCGAAGAUGGCAUUACUGAACGGAAGCUGGUGCGGAACAUGGCACGCUUCCGAGAGAAUCCCUUUGAGUUCAUGCGCGAAGUCAGCUUGUUUGUGUCAGGAACAGGAUGGCGAGCCUACGAUAACGUUAUUGGCCAGCCCAUAUUCUAUCCUGGUUUCUCCGAGAAAAUGAAGUCAAAUAUUAUGAGUAAUCCGUUAUUGAAGGCGAAGAUUACUGAACUGGCGGAGCUACGAUCGCAGGUGGAAGAAGAGCAAGGAUUGCUGGACUCCGCACAGUCGAAAGAUGGCGAUGGCCAUCGAAUAAGACGGAAGAACGAGAUUGAGUCCAAUUUAAAAGAGGUCGUCGAUACGAUGAUGGAGAAUAUGAUUUGCAAAAUGGAAAGCAAGAAUUUUGUACGGGGAGCGUAUUAUCUUUGUACACAGUUGCUUACGCGAGCUUAUCAUCAAGGGAUUCACGUUUCGAGUGAGGAAGUCCUCCGUCUCAGGUCGGUCGCGCAAACUGCAGCAAAAAACAAGCAGUCUAUUGUAUUUUUGCCCUGCCACAGAUCCCAUGUAGAUUAUGUAUCCCUGCAGCUUAUUUGCUACCGUCUGGGAAUUGGAUUACCCGUGGUUGUGGCUGGAGAUAAUUUGAAUAUUCCUUUACUCGGGAAUUUCUUGCAACAUACAGGCGCAAUGUGGAUCCGUCGGACAUUUGGGGAUGAUCCCUUGUACCAUACGCUUGUACAGGCUUAUGUCGAUACCCUUCUAAAAGAAGGCUUCAAUUUUGAAUGUUUCGUGGAGGGCGGUCGGUCGAGGACGGGGAAACUCCUAACGCCGAAAUUCGGCAUCCUCAGCUUUAUCUUGGAUAGCGUUGCCUCCGGUCGAGUCGAAGACGCAAUCAUCUGCCCAGUGAGCACGCAGUACGAUAAGGUUAUCGAGACUGAUGAACUCCUUGGUCAACCGAAACAAAAGGAAAAUUUAUUGGAUUUCCUUAAUUCUUCGUCUGUCCUGUCACUCAAGCUCGGCAGAGUUGACGUCAGAUUCCACGAGCCAUGGAGCCUAAAAGCAUUCGUCGCGGAACAGUGUGCUAGAAUAUAUAAUCUCCCUAAUAAUAGCGUAAUACAAGUGAAAAUGGGGGUUGCGGAAAGAGGACGCCUCCUCCGAACCUUAGGAUAUCGCGUUCUGUCAGACAUUAAUGGUGUCUCCGUCGUGAUGCCGACAGCGCUCGUUGGAACAGUUCUCCUCACUCUCCGAGGGCGUGGCGUUGGUAAAACUGAACUUGUACGCCGCGUCAAUUGGCUUUGCGAACGGGUUCGUGUUAAGGGCGGAAGAGUAGCACAUUUUUACAGGGCUCCGACGGAACAAGUGGUAGAUCGAGCCAUCGAAGUUCUCGGGCCAAAGUUAGUGGGCGAAAUUAGCGGGCUUGCCGAACCGACUUUCUACGCUGUGGACCGAUUCCAGCUCUCUUUCUACAGGAAUAUGACGAUUCACCUCUUCAUCACCGAAGCGCUCGUGUCCGCCGCAAUGUAUGCCCGUGUAAAGCAAGGGGGUGGCCCAAUGAACCAACGAAGCAGUUAUGACGACUUAGUUACCCAGGUGACGUUCUUAUCCCAGCUUUUCCGAGGAGAAUUUAUCUUCCCACCGGACGGCUUAGCCCACAAUCUCGAGAAGACACUUAAUGGACUUGAACGAGAUAAUGUAAUAAAAAUCACUAGAGACUCCUCUGGCGUACCGACAUAUAUCGAGUUAAGUUUCGAGGAACGGCAAUGCGGCAGAGAAAACUUUGAUUUCUAUUGCUUCUUAAUCUGGCCUUUUAUCGAAGCAAGUUGGCUUGGAGCUGUAUCACUAAUGGGGCUAACUCCACCCCUCAAUAAUGGCCCCAAGUCUGCUUGGGUUGAUCUGAAAAAGGCUCAGGAUAGCGCUCAACUGUUGGGUAAAACGCUAUACCACCAAGGCGACCUCUCAUAUUUCGAAGCCGUCAAUAAAGAGACCCUUAAGAACGCAUUUCUGCGAUUCGAAGAGGAGAGAAUCAUUGUCGUCGCAAGGCCGAAAAAUAAGGGUACAACGACAGGCCAAGCGGCCACCAUGAGACUCGCUCCCAGCUGGAUGCCGGAACGUGAUCCGUCGACAGGCAAAAUCCUAGCUCGCGGCAAGUUGUGGGACUUUAUGAGCUUGAUAGCCCAGUCACGACGUGAAGGGAAAAACCGACGAGACGGCGCGACCGUCUCCUCUCGCGUGCUCACCAUGACUGACGCAGUUGGCCGGGAGGUAUUCAAAGUUGCUUCCGCAGCAGAGGAGUCGUCUGCGGAAAACCUGGAUAUGUCUACCAAGCAACUCAGAAGAACUGCCCUGGGCGCAAGCUCGAAGUUGUGA